UUCGGAGAGCUGCAUAUCACACUAUCGUUGAUCUAAACAGUGCGUGUGGCUUUUGCGAUUGCGGCCACCCAAUUGGCGAUACGCUGUGCUUGUGUGUUUUUUGAUUCAUUUCUUUAUUCCCGUUUGGAUUUUGUUGUUGUGGUGAGAGAGUGGUUGUUGGCGAGGCUGAAUAUCUGUCUAUCUGGUUGUUGGAUUCUCGAGAUAGCCUCGUCUUUGAUAUCGGAGCCUUGCCUUUACCUCGGCUCACUCACUUCUUCACCUGGGACUCACCUUGUCUCAUCUCAUCUUAUUAUAUCUCAUCUCAUUUCAUCCUAUCUCAUCCAAUCUCAUCUCAUCUUACAUCUCAAGACUAUCUCACAACAAUGGACUCCAUCGACGAUCGCAUCUCCCUCCUCCUCAACUGGGCCUCCUCUCACAACGCCCUCCUCCACCCAUCCGCCCAAAUCUACGACGACCCCGACACCGGCCUCUCCUUUCGCGUCAAUCCCUCCUCAACCUCCUCCAUCCCCCCCUACGAGCCCAUCGUCAGCCUCCCCACAAGCCUCUCCCUCUCCUACCUCAACGCACUCCAACCCACGCCCGCCUUCCCCAGCGACUUUCUCUCAAAAACACGGCCCCACGUCGUCGGCCGCCUGUUUCUCAUCAAGGAGCUCCUCAAGGGCCAGGAGUCCUUCUGGUAUCCUUACAUCCAGGCGCUCCCCCAGCCCGAGGAUUUCGAUGACUGGGCCCUGCCGCCCUUUUGGCCGGAGGAGGAGGCCGAGCUGCUCGAGGGCACGAAUGUCGAGAUUGGAUUGGAAAAGAUUCGGGAGGACCUCGGUCGUGAGUUUCGCGAUGCUAGGAACUUGUUGAUUGCUUCGCAAAAGGAUGCCGAGGACGAUUUUUGCGACCAUCUUACUCGUGAGCUGUAUCAGUGGGCGUACUGCAUCUUCUCGAGCCGCUCCUUUCGGCCGUCGCUGGUGCUGUCCGAGGAGCAGCAGCAGUCUCUCCCCGAGGGCGUCAGCACCAACGACUUUUCCGUGCUGCUGCCGCUGUUUGACAUUGGGAACCACGACAUGACGGUCCACGUGAGGUGGGAUCUCGCAGCCGGAGACGAAGCCGGAGCUGGAAUCAGGGGCUCAGGGGCUGCCGUCCAGCUCAAGGUCGGCAGGGAGCACAAGCCCGGGCAGCAAAUCUUCAACAACUAUAGCCCCAAGACCAACGCCGAGCUGCUGCUGGGAUACGGCUUCAUGCUUCCCGUCACCGACGCCCUGCACAACGACUACAUCCACGUCCGCAAGCGCACCGCGCCAUCUCCCUCCGCCGCGCCAACCCAGCCCGGCAGCUCCUCGCCCGAGGAAUAUCUCAUCUCCCUACGGCCCAUCUCGCAUCCAUCCUCCCUCCUCGCCGCCUCCAAGCAGACCCUCAACGUCUUCCCCCCUCCGCCGCUGCCGGGCCUUCUCGGCGCCUUCAAGCACGUCCAGCACGACAUGGUCUGGGACAUUUUCCUGACGCUGCUGCAGCACUCGUCCAUUCCGCUCAUCAAGCUCAUCCCCCUCAACUCAAACACUUUCCCUACCGAGGAGGAGGCUGUGCGCCAGCGCCAGGAGCGCUUCUUUUCCGGCCACGUCAACGACGAGUGCCAGGACUAUCUCGAGCAGACCGUCGCCAUCAUCCAGCACAAGAUCCUGCAGGAGCUCGAGAGGCUCAACGAGACGGACAUGGAGGUUGUAGGAGAAGACGCUGAGCUGUUGUCGCCGAACCAGCGCCUGGCGUUGGAGUAUAGGGAACGGUGUCGACAGGUUUUGGAGAAUACGCUGAGUACUAUGGGAGAGGACGACAUGAUGCAGGAUGACGGCGAGUGAGUCCAAAUCUAAGAAGAGAGUACGCCAAAGAUGAUGAACAAAGAAAGAAAGAAAAAAGACAGCACGAGUUAUGAAUCAUGACGGUGUGGACAUGCGGCUGGAUGACGACCCGGAAUGGAUAGAACACGUAUAAAUAUAUAUAUAGUAAUGUUAUUCGUUGAAAGCAUUAUUACCGCAGACGCUCGCUGCCGUGUUGAAGCACCCCUUUAUUCUACGUAUUUACAAGAUCAUCCCGCGUUUUAAAUAAAUAAGACAAAAUAUCAUCAUGGCGACUUGAGCAAUGGAUCCUUCAGUUCGGCCUGCAUCAAGGCUUCUUCUAGCGGAAUCUCCUUUAGCGCGACCACCUUUG